UCCUUCAGUUGUUAUUCUAGGGUUUCGCUGACAGAGCCAACCGGAGCGCGGCAGCCACUCGCACACCAUCGUACGCCACCAAACAGCCACCAUGGGUCGUAUGCACAGUCGAGGUAAGGGUAUUUCAGCUUCAGCUCUUCCAUACAAGAGGACUCCACCAAGCUGGCUGAAAAUCUCUGCUCCUGAUGUUGAGGAUAACAUCUGCAAGUUUGCAAAGAAAGGUUUGACACCUUCUCAAAUUGGUGUUAUUCUUCGUGAUUCUCAUGGAAUUGCUCAAGUGAAGAGUGUAACCGGUAGCAAGAUUCUCAGAAUCCUGAAGGCUCAUGGACUUGCUCCUGAGAUUCCUGAGGAUCUCUACCACCUUAUCAAGAAAGCAGUGGCCAUCAGGAAGCAUCUUGAAAGAAACAGGAAAGACAAGGAUUCCAAGUUUAGAUUGAUUCUCGUCGAGAGCAGGAUUCAUCGACUUGCUCGCUACUAUAAGAAAACAAAGAAGCUUCCACCAGUCUGGAAGUAUGAAUCUACCACCGCCAGUACUCUUGUGGCUUAGAGGAGAUCAUGGCACGGGAUUACUAGUUUCUUGGACAAGUCACAUCUUCAAAAUUAUAGACUAAGUUGUUUUUGUAUGGCCGAGUUUGAAUGGAACAAAAUUUGUUUGGGAACAUUUCCAGCUUUAAAUUGGCAUCCGAUUCUCUUAGUACUUGUGGUAUAUUUAUAUUUAGCUGCUGUUUUUCAA